AUGUCAACCUUUUCAUUUCAAGAUUUUAUUUUCUUAAGUUUAUUACUUGUCAUUGGUUAUGUGAUAAAUUUUUAUGUGAAAUAUUUUAAACGUCCAAAUAAAUUACCAGGUCCUUUACCAUUACCAUUAAUUGGUAAUUUAACUUCAUAUAGUGAUUUAGCAGCUUGGAUAAGCAGUCUCCAAUCAAAAUAUGGUGAUAUUGGUGAAAUAUGGAUUGGUGAAGAAAGAGCUAUUUGGUUAGGUAGAGCUGAAUAUCUUGAGAAAAUCUUUAAACCUUCAUUUGGUAAUUAUAAUAAGCGUACAACUCCAAACAAAGGAUUAGAUGCAUUGGACUUGACUUCUAAAGGUUUAGUAUUCAAUGAUAACUACAAUAAAUGGAAAUAUAAUCGAAGUCUUUUCACAAAAGCUGUCUCAACACCAAGUUUUGUCAGACGAAAUAUCAAGGUCACUCAAUCAUUAUUUUUGGAAAUGGAAGAAUAUUGGAAGGAUUCAGACCAACGGGAUGGUGAAAUCAAUAUGUUGGAUUGGGUUCUAAGAUUUUUUGCUGAGGUCAUUAUAUUGACAACAACAAAUAAAAAAUCUGACACUCUAAAUAAUUAUCAUAAAGUUUUGUGUGCACCUGAUAAAAAUUCUGAAACAGAAACCCUAAUUUAUCAUAUCAGAACUAUGAUUAAUGGAAUGGAAUUUUUUAUGAUGACACCUAUGUUUUUACAUGUUUUUCCAGGUUAUAAUAGUUCUGCCAAAAAAAUCCUUCGCAGCUUUGAUUGGACAAGGAAGCAUUACCUGGCAAAUUUGAUUAAAGAACGUAGAAAUGAAAUUGAAAAAACACCAAUUGAUCAAGAAUUGACUCCUGAUAUGUUGACCUUGAUGUUAACAUUUAAUACACCACAUGAUAAAUCUCAAGGUGAUAAUCAACAACCUCUUGAACCAAUGACUGAUGAAGACAUAUGUGAAAAUAUUUUGGAAGCUAUUUUAGGUGGAGUUGAUGCUAUUUCAAAUGUAACUUGUUUCACUAUUUACUAUGUUUGUCACAACCCUGAAGUAAAACAGCAUGUUAUUGAAGAAAUUCAAAAGGUCAUUGAUUUAAAUUCAGACAUUGAAAUUGAAGAUUUGCAUAAAUUACAUUAUUGUGAAGCUGUAAUUAAAGAAGUUUCACGUCAUAUGCCAACAGUGCCAGUGAAUUUUAGAAUGGCAGAACAUGCUGAUGAAAUAGAUGGUCAUAAAUUUGAAGGUUCAACAACUUUAUUCAUAAAUGCUCAAAGAAUUCAUAUGGAUAAAUCAUAUUGGAAAGAACCUGAAAAAUUUAAUCCAGAAAGAUUUUUAUCAACAAACAACAAUAAAAAUGAUAAUAAAAUCCAAAAGAAUGCUCUUCAACCAUUUGGAGGUGGAGUAAGAAUAUGCCCAGGUCGAAAUUUAGCAAUGGCACAACUUAAAUUUUUUAUGGUUUUAUUAUUUGGAAGAUUUAAUGUUGAAUUGAUUGAUUAUUCAGCACCUUUGAAAACUCAUUUUGGGUUAACAAGACAUUGUGAUGAACUAAAGAUGAAACUUAUUCCUAGAAAAUAA